AGAAACAAGCCGAGGAUGCGUUGCUAGCUUGGUCGUGUGAUGGCCUCUUCCUUGAUUUUGAAAUGCUGCGCGGCUGCUGGUUAUUUUUAACUUUUGAGGCCGUUUGUCGCUUGCACCCUAGCUAAGGCACUGCAGACUUUCGGCCUUUCUUAAACUGGAGUGGUCGGUUCAUGUGAAUGCAAUUUUUGAGCCGCUGGCUGCUUCGGUGGGGAAGAGAUUGGCGGCUGCACCAUUUUCUACUUUCCGAAGGUGCGCAGUGCAGCUGCGCAGUUGGCGAGUGACGGGAGAAUUGUGUGGAUCAAUAAACUAAAAACAAAAUGUGGGCAAAGACUCACAGCACUUGUGUCCUGUUGUUGAAUUUUGGAGCGUUACCUGAAUUUAGGAGAGGUUCAAUUUGAUUCUAUCCUAGUCUAACCAAGGUAUAUUAGUGUCUGCCCAGGAGAGAUCAGAAUGGAUGUCACGAGCCGAUGUACGCUCGGCGAUCCCAACAAGCUGCCUGAGGGUGUACCUCAACCAGCUAGGAUGCCAUUUGUAUCAGACAAGCAUCCCCGACAGACUUUAGAAGUGAUUAAUCUUCUGAGGAAGCACCGGGAACUCUGUGAUGUGGUACUGGUUGUGGGUGCAAAAAAGAUUUAUGCACAUCGAGUUAUCUUAUCUGCCUGCAGCCCUUACUUCCGAGCCAUGUUCACUGGUGAACUUGCAGAAAGCCGGCAAACAGAGGUAGUGAUUCGUGAUAUCGAUGAGCGAGCUAUGGAGCUUUUAAUUGACUUUGCAUACACGUCUCAGAUAACAGUAGAAGAGGGGAAUGUACAGACUUUGCUGCCAGCAGCUUGCCUCCUGCAGCUGGCUGAGAUCCAAGAGGCAUGCUGCGAGUUCCUGAAAAGACAACUUGAUCCCUCCAACUGCCUAGGGAUCAGAGCUUUUGCUGACACCCACUCCUGCAGAGAACUGCUCCGCAUUGCUGACAAAUUCACUCAGCACAACUUCCAAGAGGUGAUGGAGAGUGAGGAGUUCAUGCUAUUACCAGCAAAUCAGCUGAUUGAUAUUAUUUCCAGUGAUGAGCUGAAUGUGCGUAGUGAAGAACAAGUUUUUAAUGCAGUUAUGGCUUGGGUUAAAUACAGUAUUCAGGAGAGACGACCACAGCUUCCCCAGGUAUUACAACAUGUUCGCCUGCCAUUGCUCAGCCCCAAGUUUCUUGUGGGAACUGUCGGAUCUGACCCCCUCAUAAAGAGUGAUGAAGAAUGCAGAGACCUUGUUGAUGAAGCCAAAAAUUAUCUGCUUUUGCCACAAGAACGGCCCCUAAUGCAGGGUCCAAGGACAAGGCCUCGUAAACCUAUCCGAUGUGGCGAAGUUUUAUUUGCAGUUGGAGGUUGGUGCAGUGGGGAUGCAAUUUCGAGCGUUGAGCGCUAUGAUCCUCAGACCAACGAAUGGCGAAUGGUAGCUUCUAUGAGCAAACGUCGGUGUGGCGUUGGGGUCAGCGUGCUAGAUGAUCUUCUUUAUGCAGUGGGUGGACAUGAUGGCUCAUCAUAUCUAAACAGCGUAGAGAGAUAUGAUCCAAAGACCAACCAGUGGAGUAGUGACGUGGCUCCCACCAGUACAUGUCGGACCAGUGUUGGCGUGGCAGUUUUGGGAGGGUAUCUGUAUGCUGUAGGUGGCCAGGAUGGCGUCUCUUGUCUGAACAUUGUGGAAAGGUUUGACCCGAAAGAGAAUAAAUGGGCACGUGUGGCUUCAAUGAGUACCAGACGGCUAGGUGUGGCAGUUGCUGUAUUAGGUGGAUUUCUUUAUGCUGUUGGUGGAUCUGAUGGUACCUCUCCCCUUAAUACUGUUGAACGCUACAGUCCACAGGAAAACCGAUGGCAUACCAUUGCACCAAUGGGAACACGCCGGAAGCACUUGGGAUGUUCUGUUUACCAGGACAUGAUUUACGCCGUUGGAGGAAGAGAUGACACCACAGAAUUAAGCAGUGCUGAAAGGUUCAAUCCCCGUACUAACCAGUGGUCUCCGGUUGUGGCUAUGACAUCACGCAGGAGUGGGGUUGGCCUUGCAGUUGUUAAUGGACAGCUGAUGGCAGUGGGUGGGUUUGAUGGUACAACUUACUUGAAAACCAUUGAAGUUUAUGAUCCAGAUGCAAAUACAUGGAGGUUGUAUGGAGGUAUGAAUUAUCGCAGACUGGGCGGUGGAGUGGGUGUUAUCAAAAUGACACACUGUGAAUCCCACAUAUGGUAAACCAUAAAGUCUGGUAUCCUUGCUGCUAUUGGAUGCUGUAAUUGUUUAGGAAAGCACACGUUCAUUCUGGUGUUCAGUAGAAUCUGGCCACUGAUCAAAAUAAGAGAUAUUCAAAGCUCCACGUGGUGAUGGAAAAAGACUUCUAUGUUGGUCCAAUGAACAGUUCUAAUGAUAUUACAGAUUGAUGACUGUAGAAGUUUUUUUUUGUGUGGGAAAGACUUCUCAUUCAGAACAGUUGGGAGCACCUCAAAAAUGGGCAGAAUAGAAAAGUUGCACAACUGUAACUUGGCUGGUAAGGAUGUAAUCAACUGUUUAAUCCUCAUUUUUCAAGGAUAUUGAAAUGAAAAUAUUUGUUGGUUCUCAUCAUUUGGAGAUGAUUGACUAUCAACAUGUGGAAAUAACUUUAUUUCUUUCUAAUUGAACAAUUCCACGGACUUAAGGAAAGAAAAUAUUUAUGUCAUGUUAAGUUGGGGCAAAUGGAAACUCAGUUGUCCCACUAUGGAAACAUGACUUAAAGCCACCCACCGCUACUUUUUUUUUCCUGAUGCUUAAUAAAUUUUGUGUUUCGUAUGGUGAUAGUAUUCUUUUAUUCAAGAUACAUGAGCAGUAACACAGUUCUUAAUUCUCUGAAAUAUAACAAAACUGGAAUCUUCUUAAGGGCAUUGUGUUCAUGAGAAAGUGAACAUCAAGUUUUUUCUGUAAUUGUAAGUGCACAGUCUGAUAAUACAUAUCACGUAAGUUGAAUAUAAUGUCAUGACUAAAUAUGCAUGGUUCUUCCUCCUGGAAGCCUAAAACAUUUGCAAAAGUUUUUUCUCAUGAUAAGCAUACCCCUUUAUGGUCAAUUUGAGAUACUCUAGAAAAGUUAAGUAAAUCUUAACACAGUAUUUUCUGGCAUCAGAUUUCAUUUGAGUUUUACUGAUGAUUAUAUAUUUCACAUGGCACAUUUCUAUAGCUUUAGAUGAAUAAUAAGUGCUAACAGACUUUUAAAAAAUAAAAACUGCACUGUUUUAUGACUACAGUGGGUGUAAACAAUAUAAUGAGUCUUCUGCUGAAUGGCAUCUAGUUUAAGGCUUCACAGGUCAACAUUAGAUUAUCUCCAGCUGUGUUGAAAAAAUGACCAGGUGUUCUUUUAACUAAUAAUCAUUGAGAAGGUAGAUUGGACAUUUAACCUUAACUCAUUGAAUUGAUUUUGUCUGUAAUAUUUUUCUUCACUGGGGAAAAAAAAACACAUCACAGAUACCAACCAGGGAUUUUCUUUUCAGGCUUGUGUCACUAUGUAUGGUAUAAGAAGGCUUAAGAAGAUGUAAAAUAUUGACAAAAGUAUGUAAAUUUCAAUGGUAAUUUCUUGGUUCUCCCAUCAGUGUAAUUGGAACAGUGGGAAUUGUGGAGAGAGACAUUACAUAUUUUCCAGCUGUUUUUCUUCUCUUGCUGCUUUGAGCACAGUACCACCACAUUAUGCAAUAAUUGCAUUUAUAGCAUUGUUUAAAAACAUGUUUCAUACAAUUGAUUACUUUGAAGGUCAGUAACUGUAAUGCUAAUAGUUCUAAAGCAGCAACCACAGUAAUAAGCUGAGUAAUAGUUCAAUUUCUUUUCUCUCAAUAAUAUUUGAUAGGCAGGUCACUGAACAAGAUACACUAGGAUGGGGUGAUGGAUUUGAUAUACAGGUUUACUCAGCAUCCAUCUCUAAAGAUGGAUGCUGCUUUGCCUCUUAUUCACAUCAUUUACCCUAGACACUAAUGUCAUGGGUGGAAUUUGUAUUAAGUUAUCAUGACCAAAACAAGCUUUUGGGUGCACAGUAUUUUUCACUAAAUGACAUUUCAUUAAUAGGAUUGGAUUAAAACAUCCACAAUUUGAUUCCAUUGUAUUUUAUGUAGAAAAUCCUAUAACACCCACUUUUCUUAUUUGUGCAAUAUCUCAUCAUUUAUUGGUUUCAAUUAAUUACUGCACAUUUGUAGGAUUAAUUCCUGCAGCACUCUGAAAAUUUAUGCAAAUAAUCAGUGGGAGUGUUUAUGAUUGUCUUUUUUUUGUGUUCUCAUUUUUACUGAUGUAUUUAAACUGUCAUUCAAGUUCCAGGAGUGCUUUUUGUGAACUGGUGCAGAUGAAAUGUCUUCCUCCUUCCACAGAAUUUUUACCCUGUGUCUGUUCUAAAGUUGAUCAAAUCAUUGUCACUCUAGUUAAAGACAACCUCCUGAUGUUUUGCAUUUCUCUCCUGACAUAUAGUUCUAAUUUUGCACAUCCAUUUAAAGCACCGAGAAAGGCUUUGGCCCAUUAACUUGGCAUCAGUUGAAGCAUCCAUUGUAGUAACUGACCUGUAUUCCAAUCAGCUCCUUCAGAUUCCAUCAUGUAUCUGCAUAAUGGAAGUAAAAUAUGAUGGCCAGUUAAUUUAACAAUCUGCACAUCCUUGGGAUAUAGGAGGAAUAAUAUGCACCCAGAGAAUACCAAGCUGUCAUAAAGCAAUGGUUUAAGCUAUACAACAGAGGAGGUCAAGGAUUGAACACAAGCUGAUAAAUUUGAGGCAGUGCCACCCCAUUGCUAUGUUCAUUAGUACUAUGUUUUAUACUUUAUAAGGACUGGAAAAAAAACUAUGUGGCACUUCUUACCAUCUUGGGAUGUUCAAAAGUGCUUUUAGUGAAUGUAAUUCCCACUGUUAUUCAGGAAGCACAAUAGGCCUGCUUGGGUACAGUGAGGUCCCAGAUAAUCAGUAAUUUGAUAGUGUUUAGAUAAUCUGGUUUAGGAUUAUUGGUUGUAAGAUGAUAGCCAGAAAACUGAGAGGAAACUUCUGCUGCUUAUACUGAUGAUCACUAUAUUUUGUGACAAAAUAAAAUUGUAACAGUCCCUGUAAGAACUAAGUUUCAAUUGUAAAAAUAAAAUCAUAAAGAAUUAAUGAAGCACUCUAAUUAAGCAGCCUGGAUGAUUUUUCAUUUGUCUUAAUAUAUAACCCUUUUUAAAAAAAAAACCUAAUGUAUAGUGGAUGGUACUUGUAUUUGCCAAUGAAGCUCAGGAGAGUUACAGUAUGUCAACCACAAGCAUGUGAUCUAAACUACUGUAAUCUUUUAGUAACCAGGUUUUAAACUUAAUUUACUGUAUUUUUGCUCUUUUAUCAGUUUAUUUUUAAGCUGGAUGCCACAAAGUCUUCCCCCCCCCCCCCCACCCCUCAGAAUCAUGAUUCUGUACUAUUCACAGGGUUUUUGCAUUGCAUACAUGUGUGCUUUUCUCACUACAGCAGCCAGUCCUAGAGCAUGCAUGCAUGCACCUUUACUGGAGUGGUUAGUGCAGUGUUGAAUUAAAUUUCUUAACUAUUCUUAAUUUUUUAUGUUGAAAGACUUCAUCAAAUUGAUACAUUAAUGUUAACAUCCUCUCUCCCUAUUAACUUUAAAAGUAGUUCAUGUCGCUUCCACAAAAAUUGAAGGACUGUAAUCUUCUUUCCCUAUCUUAUUGCUUAAAAGACUACCUCUAUAUUUUGGGUUUAUAUCUAGUCAUUUAUGUGGAGUAAAUUACAGUAGUUGUGGUACUUAAUUACAAUGGGUAACAAACAUCUACAGAUCUGAUAAACUGAAAAUAUUGUACAGGUCAACUACUAAGAAUGUGAUUGAAGGGUUAUUUCAUGAUUUAAUAAGUUAUUUUACCUUAUAACAGGUGUUUUUACAAGUUAUAUCAGAUUUGUUCCCUGUUAAUUUAAUGCUUUGCUUUCCUUUUAAACUCAAAUUAAAGAAGACCUGUACUUAUUUUUACCGCAGAUCCAUUUUUAAAAGAAAAGCACUACUUGGAAAUAAACAAAAUUGGCAGUUGUCCACAUUUUGUCAAGUUCCAGAUGAGUAUGAGCAUUAGAUUAAUUUGUUGGCAAUUGCAUCUCCUCCAGGUGCUAAUUUCAGCAGUGCUAUUUUAUGACUUUUGUAAGCAGUUAUGAAAUGUUACGUGCACUUUCCACAAAUAAACUGUAAAUUUUUUGGUACAACAA